AGCGGCCGAGCUUUUACUGAGGGCGUAUCAACAAACCACUACUUCUUUAUUUUACGGCAAGCAUCUUCAGUUUUGGCUCCGCUUGUCGUUUUUGUCGCUAUAAGCCGCUGAUUGUACAACUGAGCAUCUGUAUUGAUCCUGUAGAGCAGAACAAGACGUGGGCUGCUUCUACCCGCGCCGGGUCCUACUUACUCCUGAUUCUCCCUGUAGUAAGUAAGUAAGUACCUCUCGUCUAUGUGUCACAAUGGAGAUAAACGAAGAGCCUCCUCCAGUAGGGGAUUCCAUUUGUAGUGGAGAUAAACGAAGAGCCUCCUCCAGUAGGAGAUAAACGAAGAGCCUCCUCACAAUGGAGAUAAACGAAGUUCCAGGGAGGGAUUCCAUUUGUGUCUCCUUCCCUCGGAAGGGGUGUGUCUCUGGGAAUUCCGUCUUCAUUUCGCCUUCCCUCGGAAGAUCCAUCCGUCCCUCUCGGAGUUACAUUCCCGCAUCGCCUCCUCUCGGGAGACCCAUUGCUCAUGGGAUUCCGUUUCCAUUUCGCCUUCCUGGGGAUGGUGUCAGUCUCGGGGGAUUCCGUUUUGCCUUCCUGCGGAAGGUGUCUCGGGGGCCGCCAUUUCGCCUUCCUUGCCCUCUGGUAGGUCGCUCCCUGGCGGAAGGACCGCUGCUUGAUUGCCUCUUGGGAGAGUGUGAGUUGUUUAUUUCCUGGCUGGCGCGAAGCUUUCGCCAUCGACUCCAGAUUGAUGAAUGGCCCGAGCUUAUUGACACCUCCUGCGCGACGUGGGUGGUUCGGGGUUUUUCUGUGCCCGGGCUCGCCGAGGCGUUUUGGAUUCGGCUUCGGAGCGCGCAGGUUUGCGGCUGUCCGGGGCUGUGCGCGUGUGCUUACAGCUUUUGCGCCGGGGGCCCCGGGUUUUUUCUUUUGUGUCCCGGGGCCUCGUCACAUCUACGCCCCGGGGCCCUGGAACAUGCAUGGCCCGUCGGAAGGCAGGCCAGCCUUCGGUAAAGGUAGGGAGGCGGGGGGCCCGAAGCACAGGCUGGCGCGUGCAUGGUGAAUAACGUUUGGCGGUGGAGGAGAUAACGGGGCCCGCGCAGUGCUUCUCGCGGAAACGGGAAACGGGACACGCAACUUGAUUCUAGGACCAAACCUGAUUCCAGUCAACUUGAUUCCAGCGUCCAACUUGAUUCCAUUUAACUUGAUUCCAGUUACCAACUUGAUUCCAACAAUUUGAUCAACUUGAUUCCUUGGACGUCCGUAAGUAAGUACCUCUCGUCUAUGUGUCACAAUGGAGAUAAACGAAGAGCCUCCUCCAGUAGGUGCCUCGGGCGAGCGGUUGACCAAGGGACAGAAGAAAAAGCAGCGGCAAAAGGUGUUUCGUGCCGGGAAGGCGGAAUACGUGUCUCCGCGCUACACAGUGGAGGACGUGGAGCGGCUCUGCGCCCCCUGCUUAUCCACGGUUCUUCCCGACUUUGCGCCGAGAAGUUCUAGUUGCGGCGGAACUUCUACAAUCAAGCCAGCGAGCAGUAGUUCCACUUCAUCGUGCAGCAAAACAACCAGCACUUUCGCCCCCUCAGGAAGGUCGAUCUCUACUGGCGUAGCAACUGAAAUUCCACCAAACCAGAGCACCAGUAGUCCUUGUUUCACUGGUUGCUUUUUGCGCAGUUUGUACGGAGUUUUCCCGCCCCCGGAGAAGCUGUUGGACGGGGACGCUGCCGAGUUCCGGCUGCUUCCCAGCGUACGCUGGGCGGUGCUCCAGCGCGCAGCAGGGCCGAGCUCUUUGGAUGAGUUGGUGGAGCGGCUGCAGCGGCUGCUCGCGGACACGGCCCCGACACUCGUGGAGGACGCGCGCCGGUUUCCGGGGCUGGUCCGCAAGGUGGCGCGGAAAAAUUUUUCGGCCGCAGCUCCAAAUGUUCCCAGGGGCAGCAGCCGACGACCGGAUUUUAGUAGUACUACCCAUAAUUCCGCCGACCCGGCCGCCCCGGCAUUCCGAUCCACCGCGCGCGACUACCUCGCCACGCUGGUGCUGUUGGAAAUUCCCGUUGGAGUGCGACAUUGGAAAAAUCCACCUGGUACGCAAGCAGCUGCGGGGAUACUAGGUGUGCAAACAACCACAGGCACAAUACUAGAAGGCAGAACAGCAUGUUCGUUGCAGCACGGUGACCAAGAAGACGCUUGUUCGGUAGACUUCUUCUCGUUCAAAAGCUGCUACCUCAACUGGCUGCGGGACGGGCGGAUACACGAGUUGGUGUGCGAAUACCAACUUUCGACUAGUACUAGAAACACGGGUAUUAGCACCUCUGUUGUACUACCUCCAGGCUGCACGACCACAGCAGACAGGAACGGCGCCACACCAGUGGCAGGCAGCACCACCGCACCAGCAGGAGAGCCUUCUUCCGGGCUUGUGAGCACGCCACUAACGGCGACCGUCCACAUAUCCUGUGUAAAGACGUCCCCACACCAGAGGCAAGAUCGGAAUUUUUCUCCAAGACAAAUCCAGAACCAACUUCUGGGAGGACUCACGCAUGACAAGCUCUUGGCUUUUGCAGUGCAGGCGUGCCGAGCUAGUCCAGACGCAUCACAGAUUUGCUCUCUUAUCCUGAUUAGCGCACGACAGAUCAUUUCCAAGCACAAGGGGAAACAAAACGCAUCCUCCCAUGAGGCGUCGAGUGAGAGAUGUAAGUAUCAUGUUCUGGGCAUGCAUCAAGUCUUCAGUAUGCACGAACCCCUCUGGGGCGGGGACCACGUUUUUCCUCGCAAUACCACAUCGGCUUUGGAGAAGGUGUCGCCGCACAGCAGCAGGCCGCGGCGAGCCCAGUAGUGCCGAUGGUCGGUGGAGGUGGUGCUUCAAGCAGCUCUACUAGUACCACAGCGAGGUCUUCUGGUGAACGCGGAACAUCAAGGGGAAGAGGAAACGAACCGCCGGCCGGAGCGGCCGCCGCUUCCUCUGCAGCUUCUCCUAUUCACGCGCCAGCACCCACGACCGCAAGUUCCGCCUCUACGUGGUGUUGCGGCGACACCACGGUGCGCGCGCAGUCCGAUAGUCUGUGCACCUUUUCGCUGGGUCCCGACCAGGUGUGGGUAAGUGCGGGGAGAGAGUUUACCGAGCCCUUUACGCAGGCCUUCCUGGAAACCCACCGUGCGACCAAGGCCCGACUAGCGGAGCGGCGGGAGCAGCUGGUGCCACAAAAGCUGCUCUUUUGGCUCGGGGAGGGCGAAAAUUAUAAUCAAGAGGGAACAGGUUUCGGCAUCAGUUUCGGUGGAUUGCUUUCACAAGAAGACCAUGCCAUUUUGGCAGCGGUUGAAGAAAAUUCAAAUUAUGCCGCGAGCAGUAGUAGUUACAAUUCUCUGCAGCAAGUAGAUCAUGCUGUUGCCAUCGCUAUGGAACAAGAUAUGGCCAUCAAUGCCGACGUUGGCCAGGGCAGUUGUCUCCAAGACGAUGAGUUGCUGUCGCUUGACUCGGAAAGUUCCAAAAACAUGGAAGACUUUUCGGACAUGGAUGAGUCUCCCAGUUCGCGAUAAAGCUGCGCGGGCGGGCAUAGUGUGUUGCACUAUGGUUGCAAUAACGCGAAAAAUGUUUUUAAACUGUGAAUUCGGCGCAGCUUCGGCUUGAAGUUGAACGACAGCGGCGGUGUGCUUUUUUUUGUUCUAGUGAAGAUGAG